CACGUGUGUAGUCCAUAAUGCACCGCGAUCUUCAAAACCAAUAUGGUGGACAAAUUUGACUUGACUGCGAAACAGCGAAAACAUAGUUAUUUGUUUAUAUUUACAUUUUAGUAGAUCACAACGUGAAUAUUACUGAGCAAAAACCAUGGAUCAGAAGCCAUAUAAAAUCCUAGUGUGUGGUGAUGUCAACGGCAAAUUAAAAACGUUAUACAAAAGGGUUUCUAAUAUUCUUAAAAAAUCAAAUGACUUUGAGAUGCUUCUCUGUGUUGGCAAUUUUUUUGGCACAACUGAAGAAGAUAAAAAUGUAUGGAAAGAGUACAGAGAAGGCAUUUCUUGCGCAUCAAUUAUUACUUACAUUUUGGGUCCAACAACAGCAGAUCACCUAACACAAUAUGAAAAUAUCAAUUUAUUAUCUGGUGGAGAAUUGUGCCAAAAUAUUAUAUACCUUGGUCGCAGCGGGAUUCUACAAUGUCCAAAUGGCCUACAGGUUGCAUAUGUUAGUGGACUGGAUUGCAAAAAGACCAGCAAGGAAGGAUGUUUUUAUAAAGAAGAAGACAUGAAACAACUGUAUGCAAAGAUAGAAGAUACAAAUUUUAAAGGUGUAGACAUGUUGCUAACAACUGAGUGGCCAAAAAAUGUGACACAAUAUGGAAACAAGGUGGACUCAAAUACAGAUAUGAAGGACUUAGGAUCUGAAACAAUUUCUAGGCUUGCUGCAAAACUCAAACCAAGAUAUCAUUUUACAGCUUUAGAGAGCACAUACUAUGAAAGACUCCCAUAUAGAAAUCAUCAAGUUCUUCGGGAGCCAUCCCAACAUGUCACAAGAUUUAUUAGUCUUGCAAGUGUUGGCAAUACACUAAAGAAAAAGUACCUCUAUGCAUUCAAUAUUGUUCCUCUAAAUAUCAUGAAGACAGAUGAUCUGGUUAAACAACCUGAUGAUGUCACUGAGUCACCUUAUGGACUAUUUUUAAAGUCCAAACAUCACCAGCAAACAUUUCAGCAAAAUGUUGGUCAAAACUUUUUUUUCAACCUGAGCUCAGGCUCUAGUGGAGAGAAGCGUAAGAACGAAAAUGCAGCAAAGCUUCAACUCCAUUUACUUCAGGUUGUUAGCAUUGUUAAUAUGACACUUACUUUUAAAGAAGACACAAUGAAAAACCUGAUUUUUUGUUUUCAGACAACAAUAGACAACCUAGAAAACGAAAAGGCCACUUCAACUCUUCUAUCAGCUCCCAUUCAAGGUCCUUGUUGGUUCUGCCUCGGUGGCAGUCAAGUGGAGAAACAUUUAAUUGUCAGUGUUGCUGAUCACGUAUAUCUUGCUAUGGCUAAAGGUGGGCUUACAACAGAUCAUACCUUGAUUUGUCCCAUUGCUCAUUAUCCGUCAACAGUGGAAAUGCCUGAUGAGGCUUUGAUGGAAAUUGAAAAAUACAAAUCCUCAUUACGAAAACUUUUUAAGAAACAAGACGAUGCAUGUGUCGUAUAUGAAAGAAAUUUCUACACACAACAUUUGCAAAUACAGGUCAUUCCAGUUCCGAAGGAGAAAGCAGAUGACUUGAAGGGACUCUUUAUGGAAAUUGGUAGUGAGAAAAACAUAGAAUUUGAUAUGCUUGAUAACGAAACCGAUUUAAAACAGAUAAUGCCUCCACAAGUUCCUUUUUUUCUUGUUGAAUUUGACGAUGGUUGUCGAAUGUUACACAGAGUAAAACGAAAAAUGCCUCUGCAAUUCGGAAGAGAGGUUUUGGCGAGUCCGUCCGUCUUGAAUAUGGAAGAAAAAAUCGACUGGAAAUCUUGCAAACUUCCUAUAGAAACUGAAAAAAGAGUUACUGAGGAAUUCAGAAGAAAAUUUCGACCAUUCGAUUUCAGUUUAUCGUAAAAAUAAUCCUUACAGAAAGUGAAUUUCAUUCGAACUUCCAGCAAAACGCCACGAUUCCCUCUUAUAUGUUUUGUGGGGAAAAUCCAUUAAGAAAAAACAUACAGCAGAUCACAGAUACGAUUGUUUGAUAGCUUUUAUCUACCAAGAUCCUUUUAUCAACCAAGAUCCUUUUUCCCGCAACAAAUGCCUACUUAUGUUACCUAAGAUCAUUGAUUGUUUACACGUCAAUCCAGUACAAUAAACAUUAAUACAUUUGAUAAUCAUUGAACCAUCAUAUUAUAACUUCACAUCAACAUACCUCUUGAUAUUCCUGAAUUAUCAUUUGUAUUGUGAAAUUACUGUUCCACUUUCUUACAAGUAAUUGGUAGGUUUGUGAAUUGUGAAGUAAAAGUUCGUUUGCGAACAAGACAUUUUGUGAAUAUCAAGAUUAUGACAUACCAAAUUGCAUGGUAUAAUGGAAUUUAGCAGAUAGUUUGUGUAAAUAAAAUCCUUUUUAAAUCAA